AUGGCCCGGUAUGUGGUGGCAGGCUUUUCUUUAGGUCUGGGAACGCGAUUUCAGAGGGGCUGCACUUCAGGGCAUGGAAUUUGUGGUCUGCCGCGCUUCAGCAAACGCAGCUGGCUGGCUGUACCACUUUUCAUGCUCUUUGCAGGAUUGGUGGUCUACCUCACGCGGCACGUCAUGCAGACGGGUGAGCCCAACAAAGCUGGCAUUGCUCCAUUGCAGUGGCCUCCAAGUUGGGAGUUUGCCCUUUGCACUGUGGCUGCCUCUCUCCUGCUGGCGGUGCUGUCCUUUGCGCCGCUGCCUGGCAGUGCGCAUGGCGUCAUCUGUCCGUUGGCUGCAGGUACCAUCUUUGGUUUGGGCCUGGGAGUUGCUGGAAUGACCAGCCAGGCCAAGGUGCUGAACUUCCUGGACGUGGCGGGCUACUGGGAUCCUUCGCUGGCCUUCGUGAUGGGCUGUGGCAUCCUGGUCUCCUUUCCGGCCUUCUACCUGGCGGAAGCCGAAGGUGCAAAGCCCAGAUGCGCGGAAUCAUUUGAGAAGCCCAGCAAAUCGGGUGAUUAUGCAACGUUGACUUUGGGAGCGAUCCUCUUUGGCAUUGGCUGGGGUCUUGUGGGCAUUUGCCCCGGCCCUGCUCUCGCUGGAACGGUGCCAAACUUGCUGGCCUCCACACCAGCAGGCUGGCUGGUGCCACCAAAAGAUUGGGGGACCAGUAGACACGGAGAUGCAAACCAAAGUUGUCACGAUAUUGAGGGUCAGCCACCCAACCAAUUGCGUUGUUUCGGCAGGGAAAAUUAA